CUUCUGUAAGAGUCCAAAGACCAACCAGUGUGAAAAAGCAUGGUUGAACCAGGAUCCACAUGUGCUGUGUUCGGUCUGGGAGCUGUGGGUUUGGCUGCAGUCAUGGGCUGUUAUGUUGCAGGAGCAAAGAGAAUUAUAGCUGUUGAUAUCAAUCCAGAGAAGUUUGAGAAGGCCAAGGUGUUUGGUGCUACUGACUUCAUCAACCCCAAAGACCACAAUAAGCCCAUCAGCCAAGUGCUGUCAGAGAUGACCAAUGGAGGAGUGGACUACUCCCUGGAAUGUGUCGGGAAUGUGGAAGUCAUGCGUAGUGCUUUGGAGUCUUGCAUCAAAGGUUGGGGUGUUUCCGUCAUUGUUGGCUUUACAAACAUGGAAGACUUUGCUGCUCGUCCCAUUCAGCUCAUCGCUGGACGUACAUGGAAGGGAUCCCUGUUAGGAGGAUUUAAGACUAAGGAUGGUGUGCCUGAGUUGGUCAAAGCCUACCUGAACAAGAAGAUAAAGCUGGAUGAGUUCAUCACUCACAAGAUGACUUUGGCCCAGGCCAAUGACGCCAUUGAACUGAUGAAGCACGGCAAAUGCGUCCGGACAGUUCUGAGUGUUUCUCCACAAUAAGACCAUCAUUUUGCUUUCAAUGACGGUGCAGCUCAGCUCCAAGAUUGUUCAAAUUGUGCCAAAUGUACUGAAAACACUCUUUAGUGGAUUAUAUGCAGAUUGUGAUUGGAACAAUCAUCAUGAAUGUUCCUAUAAGCUAAAGAUACAGAAUCUGAACAAAAUAAACAUUCUAAACAUU